GAGGCGCGAUUGCCAAUUUCGCUUCUCUCUUCCGCCCCGUGAUUCGAAGAUCGCCCCUUUGGGCGAUUUGGAUUUCGACUCACCAGUAAGAUCAUCUGGGGCCGUAUUAACAAUAAAGCGCCAUGAUGGGGUUGGGCGUUGCGAAACACCGGAACCGCUGCUUCAGCAUGCGGAAUACCUUCACAAGAGCCGUCGUCCUCACGAUCGCCAUGCUUGCGGUUGGCGGGGUAGUCCUCCGGUCAGACGUGGAUGUACAGUCAGCCAUCGCCAAGACAGCUGCAUCAGCCCGGGAGGCCAUGUCGCUGCAAAAACCGUUGGGCCAUCCCGAGUCCGCGGGCUGGGGUGGUCCCGUGGACCACCCGCCGAAGCAGGAGGAACAAGACGAGAAGAAUGUUACAGCGGAGGAUUCCAAGCCGACGCCCUCGAGUUCGUCGCGCGUCAUGACUUGCGACUACGACAUGGAUCGCCUCCGGAGGUGGCAGCAACAAUUUGGGCUCCAGGAGACGUUUGAAUACACCAAGCGAUACAUCCAAGCUAGCCGCCAAGACAUUCCGAGAAGGUCCAUUACGCGGCUCCAGCAGGACUUCCUAGUCGACGCCGUCAAGGUGGUGGACGUGAACAAGGAGUACGAGGCCGAGACGUGCCCGGAGCCCCUCCUUGCGCCCGUUACCAAGUCUCCGUACCCCGCCACGGCCAACGGUUCCGACUUCAUGUUUGGCGUCUCAACCACCUACCAGAGAUUCACCGACCCCCGGACCAGCCCGAUCAACGAGUGGUCCUACUGGCUCACGGACGGCAAGGGCAACUCCAACGGCGGGAAGCUCGUUCUGCUCCUGGUCGACGCCCAACCGGAGGAGCUUGAAGAUGCGUACAACAAGCUCAGCUCCGUCGGCAUCGACGUGGACGUGUAUCGCUCGAGCUCCAGCCUGAUCAUGGCGGUGCGCUAUCUGGCUCUCGCGCCCACCCUCUACAACCACCCCGAACGGCCCCGCAGGAAGUGGUUGGUCGUCUGCGACGACGACACCUUCUUCCCGUCGUUCCACGCGCUCGCCGACAGGUUCGCCCAGUACGACCACGAGAGGCCCAUGUACAUCGGCACUUUCUCCGAAGACGUCAAUAACAUUGAGCGCCACGGUCCGCAAGCAUUUGGCGGCGCCGGUGUGUUCUUGAGCCGGCCCAUGGCCAAGAUCAUCGCCGAGAACUUCGAGAACUGCAGCUCGGAGCAGAAGAUCCAGGAGUCCAACACGGGCUGGGGCCCGCAGGGCGACAUCAUGCUGCGCAAUUGCAUCUACCAAAACUCCGAGGUCAAGCUCACGCUGCUCAACGACCUCUGGCAGCUCGACAUCAUGGGCGACCCGUCCGGCUUCUACGAGUCCGGCAUUAAGCCCCUCUCGCUGCACCAUUACCGCGGCGGCAUCUGGCACCUCGCCCGCCCCUUCCAGUACACCAAGGUGGCGCACGCCUGCGGCGAGGACUGCACCUUCCAGCGCUUCCAGACGGCCGACGGCUUCAUCAUCUCCAACGGCUACAGCGUCGCCUACUACCCGCGCGGCAUCGACUUCGACCUCAACCAGUUCGAGCGGACCUUCCGCGCGGCGCCCGAGGACAAGGGCUGGAACCUCGACUUCCGCAUGGGCCCCCAGCGCCCGUCGCUGCACAACACGGGCCGCAAGAUCGCCUGGGAGCUGCUCGAAGCCACCGUCAACCCGGACGGCAGCGUCAGCCAGGUCUACGUGGGCAAGCACAACGAUUCGCGGUGGACGAACCCCGACGGGACACCAAUGAACAAUCGCGAUGGCAUCAUUGAGAUUGUGUGGCUGCCAGAGGCAUGAAGCCUGUUUUCUCCCUUUUCCUUUAUACUUCAUGCUCUUCCAUUCUAUGUCGGUGGGGUAAAUAUACAAAGAUGCCCUUCUCUGAGUUCUUCUUUACAGUUUUGCUGCCGGUACGCUGGCCGACCCUAGGGAGGUACAUACAGGAAUAUAGGGUGUUAUGAUGAUGUAUUUAGGUAAGUAUGCGGGCGGGUCCAGGUCGGCGUUGCUGCAGGGUGCGACAAAGAAAUC